GCCGCCGCCGUCGCACCAGCGUGCGCCACCGGAGUUCCAGUCCCCGCAACUGCUGCCGACGCCGCCAUGUGCGCGUAGCGCCACAGUCGUCGCCACUCACCACACACACACGCGCAGCCGCCGCCAUUCAAGUUCUCGAAUCCCUUGUUUGUUGGCGUGGAAGCCCUUCGUUUGUCGGCGUCGACCUUCCUGUAACAAAGAAGGGAUACAGAACGAAGAAAGGAUAUAACGUUUAGUUUUGUUCGUGAGAAAGCGUGAGUUUAGGCGGGUGAGAGUUUGACAUUUGUGGCUGUUAUAGGGUUACUCGAGAGAACCUGAAAGAAUACUUAAAUCGCACUUAUUUAUUUAUAUAUUUUAUAUAUUUUUAUAUCGAGAAGAAAGGCAUAGGUACGCUCGUAAAGAUCGUCAGUUGAUAAGACGUAGCGAAGAAUUUAUUUUGAGAACAAUUUUUUUACGGGGAAAGUAACGUCGAGGCCUAAGUAUUUAAUUUCGAUUACCAAUUCGGCAAGUACUUUAAGGAACACUACUUCACUGAACGUGGCCAAGACUCUGGCUUGUUGAGAGGGCGUGAGCGAACUGUGGAGUAGAAGGUCCAGCAGGAGUCUCUUCGUUUUUCUGCGUCGUUUGCACCGCUCCCGGCCGGCAACAUGCUCCCUCCGUUCAGCCCGGACAUCCUUUGGAUCGUGAUCGUCGGCUUCGUCAUCGCCUUCGUCCUGGCGUUCGGCAUCGGCGCCAACGACGUCGCCAACUCCUUCGGCACCUCCGUGGGCAGCCGCGUGCUCACCGUGCGCCAGGCCUGCAUCCUCGCCACCAUCUUCGAGAUCGCCGGAGCCAUCUUGAUCGGAUACAAAGUGUCCGAUACAAUGAGGAAGGGAAUACUGGAUGUCAACUUGUAUGCUGACUCCGAGGCCGAACUAAUGUUGGGCAUGCUGUCAGCGUUGGGUGGUUCCGCUGUUUGGUUGAUGGUGGCCACUUUCCUGAAGCUACCCAUUUCCGGGACCCAUUCCAUUGUGGGCGCCACUAUCGGCUUCUCGUUGGUAGCGCGAGGCACCAGCGGCCUUCACUGGACCACUCUGGGCACCAUCGUGGCUUCCUGGUUCGUCUCUCCUGUGCUGUCGGGGCUUAUCUCCAUGGGCCUGUACAUACUGAUCCGCAAGUUCAUCUUGGAGGCGGAGCAGCCCGUGGUGCCCGGUUUGCGUGCGCUGCCUAUCUUCUACGGACUCACGGUGCUCAUUAAUGUCUUCUCCGUGGUGUAUAGCGGCCCAAAGUCUGGUCGUUCCUGGUGCCAAUUUACUCCACGAAGGCGUCCUGUGUGAGUUAUCAUCCAAUAAGGUAUGGUAUUGAUGUGCUAUCUCUAUAAGAACAUGAAAGAUCGCCUCUUGUGUGAUUGGCUGGCAGAAAUCGCGCCAUCGCCUUCAUUUGCUUGCCGAGCCCUUUUUUUUACUGCAGUCGCUGUUUAUUUCCGGCGUGACAGUUUCGGGAAUCGUCGAGAUUAGAAAUUGUCACUGCAAUAAAUACGUGAUAUGCUAUUUAUUUCCCUUAGUAACAAAACUCUAUCAAGCCACAAUUGCUACAAGAUUUCUGAAUAUUUUCGAUGAUAAUAUGAAAGAUUAUUUCGUCUUCUUAGGAACAUCGGCAACCCACAGUUCUGUGCCCGCUUUCUGAGCUGUCAGGUCCUAUUUCGACGCGACUGCAGUUCCAAGUAACACGAGACACUUUUAUUAAUUUUUUUAAUGAGCCGCGCCCUAACUUCUAUUUCUCGUCCUUAGUGCUGUACUUCCACUACAUUCCAUGGUGGGGCUCGAUCAUCGUCAGUGUGGGCGUUGGCAUCAUAGUGGCUCUUUGCAUCCAGCUGAUCCUGGCACCGCAUCUUCGUCGCAAGAUUCUCGUCCAAAUGCACAGGGACAAGCAAGGUCAAGGGGUGUGCUUUACCUUCGGGGAUUCCACAGAAUCGUCUCGCGACGCCAGUCCUCGACCAUCACGGGCCAUGUCAAUAGAAGAUGUGAAGCGUCCAAAAGGAGAAAUUGGUCCAGCUGCUUUGGAACCAACAUCUGUUGUGGAUUCCACCACUUCACCAACCGUUGGAACCAAUGGGGUUAACCAUCCUCCUCUUGUCAAUGGCACAAAAACAAAUGGAUACAUUAACAAUAGCCUUUCUAAGGAAGCUGCUGUCAAUGGAAAUGGAACUACUCUCCCCACUCCAGGUGUGACAUCUGCUCCUGUUCAGACAAACUUGACUCCAGCACUUCCUCCAUCAGGGAAUGCUACACCUGCCAUGGGUCUUUCACCAAACAGUAGUGCUGUACCAUUAAUCAAGGAGCGAACUCCUGAACCAGUGAAACCAGAUGUUGAAGUGGGACAGUUGACAUUAGAAGAAAGUGAUACUGAUGAACCCCAUGCCAUAAAGAAACUUUUCUCUUCCCUCCAAAUUCUUACUGCAACAUUUGGUGCAUUUGCUCAUGGUGGAAAUGAUGUUAGCAAUGCUAUUGGACCCCUUAUUGCUUUGUGGCUCAUUUACACUGAAGGUUCUGUGGCUCAGAAAUCAGAAUCACCACUUUACAUUCUGUUGUAUGGAGGUGUUGGUAUUGCUGUUGGUUUAUGGAUUUGGGGCAGACGCGUUAUUCAGACUAUUGGUGAAGAUCUCACCAAGAUCACAGCUUCCACGGGUUUUACUAUUGAGAUUGGAGCAGCAUUUACAGUAUUGCUUGCAUCCCAAAUUGGUCUGCCAAUUUCCACCACACAUUGCAAAGUUGGUUCAGUGGUUUUUGUAGGAUGGGCUUCUUCCAGUAAAGAGGGAGAACAUCAUCUCUGCAUGGGUGCUAACCCUGCCUGUGGCAGCGGGGCUCAGUGCACUUCUCAUGUUCAUUCUGCAAAACGUUGCCCUGUAGUUGCUGCCCAGCAAUGAACAGCUUGCUCAGUCGUUCUGGCACAAUAGUUUCUAAGAGAUUCCAAGGGAAAACUUCACUCAGAAAUGAUUCAUUCUUCUUUCAAGUAGCAAAUGUAUCUUCUUUGAAAAUUCAUUGUUACAUGGUUCAGGGACCUACAUCCUCUGGGAAUUACGUACAUUCUUUCAGAGGCAUGACUUUUUUGCUGCUAACAUCUGUAUUGCUUGCAGAUGUGUGGUUGAAUUCUUAAGAUUUAAACAUUUCUGAGAUGAGUUUUCUAUUUAUUAAUAUGGAUUGAGGGUCAAGUCUCAAAUGGUAAAAUUCUGAACACUUGUUAAAUCUUAACAUUCACGGAAGAUUUAGUACACUUUUUAAUUUGUACAUCUGUGUAUGUAAAAUCAUUAGUCUGACCACAAAGUCCAAAUUGAUAUUGUUGAAAGUGUGAUGUUCAGUCUAUUUUGAUGAACAAUUAAGAUUGUGUAUGAGUUGUGGGUGCUGAAGUUUUGUAAAAAAUGCAUUAAAAUUGCACCUUUGGGGCAGAGACUGCAAAAGUUGGUUGUGUGUAAUGGAAGUGAGAAGACCUCCUAAGUCUAGUUAGAAAAACCAGCAAACUGUGUUUGUAAGGGAGUGGUGGUUUUUUAAUUAUUUUUUUUUAAAAAAAAGAUAAGCUUUACAUACUGCUGUGCAGCUGUGUCAAUGGUAGGUCUGAAACAAAAAGAAAAGAAAGAAGUGAAUGCAUGGGUUGAAGUGGGAUAAUUACAAACCCACUUGUUGCACUCUGUGGUGCCUUCCUGUUUGCUUGUAGCUUGUGUUGACUGGGAAGGGAUCAUUAUUUUUUUAUUUAUUUUUUUUUAUUACAAUCUGAACGGAAUAAGAAGGACCUUGGCAAGAGUUAAGAAUGUAUACACAUGAAUUUCUCUGAUUCAUUUAUUGUGAAAAAUAAUGAACAAUGAGAAACUAAAAUUUCAAUAAUUGAACUGUUCAAUUGUCAAGUAACAAUACAAGACUGUCUAAGCACUAAUAAUUUCAAAAAUGGUGCUGCAAAUUGAAAAAUUGACUGGAAUUGUCGUUCAAAGGCUGUUGCUAGGAGGAAGUCUCUUAGGCUCUCUCAUGUCACUUGAGGAGUCCCACAGCAAAGAUACUAUCUUUCUGCUCUGUCCUCGAAGAUUGUAUAGCGUUUACGUGACAGUUUCAGACUUGGUGUGCUCAGUGGGUUCCUCUUAUUCCUGUCCGACAAUUCUUAAUAAUAGAUAUGUAUAUUUACAAGUGCCUUAUUUUAUCAGUAUUUUAAUUCUUAUUGUUGCUGCUGCUACUACUGUAAUGUAUAAUGAAUGCCCUUUCCUUGUAUAUCAGUCAAAAUAUAUGAGACAUUUUUCUUAGUAGAACUUCAAAACUGUUUGUUUGAAUUGUGUUAGUAUACUUUCUGAAUGUGAUUUUGCAGUGUGGUCGUAUCUCUUGCUAUUGUGAAUGUUUCUUAAAUACAACUGGAAAUUUUCUCCCUAGUAUGUAUGUGUAUGUAGUGUAAUGUGACUUGAAAAAAGAUCUAACAAUGUUUCUUUAAUAACGAGCAUCUCUUAUACAUUUCUAAUAAAGUUUCAAAUGUGAAUGUGAUCAGGAAAUUCAUUUACUUGAAUCAAAUUCACAAUGGUCAAGGUACUGUAUCGCAUUUUACAUAUAAGUGACAAUUUUUGUGAAAUUCAGAUAUGAUAGGCGAAGUAAUAUUGUGUUUCCAUAUUUAUUUGCCAUUUACAUUUGUGAUAUAACAUAUUCAGUAACAUUGCGAAUUCUGAUUUGAAAACUAUACAUAAGAAAUUAAUUUUGUUUGGACAUGUCUUAUUUAUUUAUGAUUUAUGAUCAUUAUUAAGAUCUGGAUAUUUUUUCUCCCAUGUGGAUUUGCGAGGUAGCUUAAUGCUAUUUCCCCCAAACAAUUGAUAUAUUAUUAAGAGAAAUUUUGGUUAAUUGUGAUUUUACUUAGCAGUGGAAGUAUUUUUGAACACAUGAAUAUUAAGGAAUAAUGAUAAUAUGAAAUUUUAAGUUAUUUAUUCCCUAAGUAGAUUAUUUAUGAAGAUAAGUUUUGAAGAACAUUGAUGGACUUGAAUAAAGAGAAAAUUGUUAUAAUUGAAACAUUGUUUGGUGUCAUUCUAACAUCUAAUUUGCCUGCAUGAAAUGAAUGAUAUGUGUUUUUGCAUGUUGUUACGUAGUUAUACUACUUCCUCAUUUCUUCCAUUUUAACUCGUGGUUGAAAUGUGUAAUAUAUUGCAGUCUUAGGAAUGAUUUGUGUAACAAUGGAGAAACAAUUUUUGAAAACCUGUUUAUGAACUAUUCUUGUAUACCUGUGUCUGUCGGGGACUGAACCUUCAGAUAUCAAUGCUUAUUUGUUUCCCACUUCUGCACCCCUGAAACUGUAUUGGAGGAGUUUCCUUGUUAGUGCCUGGUGCAUGUUUUGUGGGAAGGGAGUAGACUCGAGGGACAAAGGGGUUAGCUGAUCAGCAGCUCUGCCCCAAGGAAGGUUGACAGUUAAUUCCUUAAAAAGUCUAAAUCUGUCUGCCUUCCUCUGCUCUCUCAAUCAGCGAAAACACUGCAGUAUGUCCAGGUGGACUAACUAUAUAAUUUUGCAUAGCGCCUGUGAACAGGGAUACAUACAGAGAAAUGAGUAUUUUUAAUAAGUGCAUAUUUUUUGGAGAUGGUAUUGAAUAACUGCUGUGCGCUUGAAUGUGAAAUAGGGUUGCAAGAGAAUCUCGAUGAUAGGACUCCUUGCCCACCUUUUCAAGAGAGAGUAGCUUUGGCUCCACAGUAGCCUCUGACGACAUUCCACUGUGUUGAAAAUUGAAAAUGUAGUUUGUUAAAGAUCCCCAUAAGGUUGGAUUCUCUUUGUAUUUGAAAUGUUGAUUUCUGUGUUUAAACUGCAGGCAUCUUCUUGGGAGAAAUCAAUUGUUCUAUUAUGCAUAUCUUUAACAGUAAAAAAACUGAUUCAAAGAAAAUCAUAAAAAUUAAUGUCUUAAACUGUGCAAUUUAUGUUUUUCCAUCUAGCUAUCUGUGUAUUGGAUGUUAAAUUUCACUGCACAGUAGUUCAAUAGCUGGCCACUCCCAUGUUGCCUAAAUGUUUGUUCAGGUUUAUGUAGUAUACCCUGGUAGUGACACAGGGUUAUGGCAGUGAUGGUAAUGGGAAAGCUACCAUUGCUUGCACUGUGCUUCAGUCUUACCCUCAACAAUAGAGCUGUUUAGGCAGUUUGGUGUUCUGUGUAACAACCAGCUGUUAGUUGUCACUAAUCCUUCAUGUUUCAGACUAGCUCUUGUUGAAUAUUGUUAUUUGUUAGUCACAGCCCAUGUUCUUUAUUUGUUGCAAUGAGAAUUGUCUGUUUCUGCAAUGAUGACCUAUCUGUUCAAGAAUUUAAAAAUUUGAAAAAUGUAAGGAAGAAAAGUGAUCUCCAGACUGUGUACAUUUAACUUUGUUACUAUUUUGCUUUUUUUAAAACAAUACAGAAAAUAUAUUAGCAAUUUAUCCCCAAAAGGAUAAAUCUAUGAAUGUUACUAGUAUUUUUUUUUAUUUCCUACUUCAUGUAUUGUUUCUGUUUUUUGAGAAAUAAUAUUUUUUAUUAGACA